AUGGCUCACAAAAGAUACACACAAUGUAUUACUCAUGUUCCUACUGGAAGUCAUUUACUUGCAUUUGGUUAUGCCAAUCGCAGUAUUGCAUUAUUUUAUAGUAAUUAUAUGAGUGAUUGUCUUAUUGAUAUUGAACGAGCAAUACAACAUGGUUAUCCCGAUGAAUUAAAAUCAGAAUUGUACAUGUGGAAAGCAAGUGCCAUGAAAGAACUUAAAAUGGAAAGAAAAUUAAUCAAAAAAACUGUUGAUCAAGCUCGUGGAUGGCUUUUAAAUUGUUUUAGUCUUGAUUUUCAAGAUGCUGCAUUACCAUCUUUAAAGUCAAGAAAUCCAACAGUACCUGGAUUAUCCAACUCAGUUGGAUUGGAAUACUCAAAAAAACAUGGAAGGCAUGUUGUUGCAACUCAAGAUAUUAAAGCUGGUGAUGUUAUUGGCAUUCAAAAGCCAUAUGCAAGUGUUGUCAAGAUGAAUGUGAGGUACAAUGUAUGCUGGCAUUGUAAAAAACAAACUUGGACUAGUAUACCAUGUGAUACUUGUAGCCAAGUUGUAUUUUGCUCAGAUGAUUGUAAAAAACAAGCACAAGAUAAUUAUCAUGAUAUUGAGUGUGUUGUUUUAUGCCAAGCAAUGGCUUUUGGUGUACGUGAAUGCGUUUAUACUGCAUUGAGACUUGUCAUCAUGGCACUUAAACAAUCCAGCAAUUCAUUUGAAAAAUUAAUGGAAACUGUCCAUGAAAUUGAUAACCCAACAGAUCCACUAACAAAGGGUUUUAUUGAAGGCAAACUUGAUCCAACAAAAUUUGAAAGUGUUUAUGGUUUGUGUGAUCUAUCAUCAUCAUCAUAUUCAUCACGAACAGCAAAACAACGAUAUUCUACACUUGCUGAUGCUAUUAUAUUGUCAUAUUUUCUUGGUAAGAAAAUUGAAUAUUUUCAAGAAGAUUGUACAAUUGAUUUAUUGACUUUGGUGACUAGUCAAAAAUAUUCAGACCUCAUUACGAUUGCUAACAAAUUUAUAAAUGUAACACAAUUUAAUGCAUUUAAUUAUACACUAUUAUCUUCACAAUCUGGAAGCGCUGUAUUAAUGGCAUCAUCAAUAAUACCAAGCUUGAGUUUUUUUAAUCACACUUGUUGUCCCAACGUAAUACGUACUUAUCGUGAUGGAAAUUUAGCUCUUAUAGCCAUACGUCCAAUUAAAAAGGAUGAACAAGUAUUUAUAAAAUAUGGUGCAUAUUGGUUUUUCCUUGAUAGAAAAGCUCGCCAUGAAUUAUUAGGACGUUAUCAAUUUACAUGUGAUUGUCAAGCUUGUGAGCGAGAUUGGUACCUCGCUGAUGACCUUAUUACUGCACCAGCAAUUCUUGAAAAUAAAAGUUAUAUGAGUAAAGAUAUUUUAGGAACAAUUACUAAAUAUGUCAAAGCCUGUAAAACAGCUGUACAUCAUGCUUAA